GAGCCAUGCAAAUAAAGUGGGCCGCGCUCGUAAAAUCAAAGCGACCAUGUCUGGUACCCGACUGCGUCCAUGGUUUGCAGCCACAUCCGCUACGGAGAUAGUUGCUCCACAUAUUAUACGCUAGAAAAUCUGCGCCUCUCUCCUCUCUCCACGGUAAGAGGUUUCGCGGUGUACUGAGAGAUCUCGUUGCAAGCCUUGACAGGUGGGAAUUGAAUCCAUCUCGCGAUGGGAUUGAGGAAGAAGAAGUCCUCCGCGAAGAAGAAGCCCGUGACGGACUUUGGAGCCGCGCUAGCGAAAGCCAGGCAAGAAACGGAUCACAUUUUCAAGCAGGCAUCACAGGACGAGAAUUCAAACAGCAGCAGCAGCAGCAGCGGCAACAACACCAACAUCGACGACGAGAAGAUCAGUCCGCGAAGCAAGGCAGCUGCCUGGGCAUGGUACCAGCGCGGUGGAGGCAACUACAGCAAUGGCAGCCCGGAGGACGUGAGGAACAGAGCCAUGGUGGUGGUGCAGCGAACGUCCCGCUUCAAAGCCGAGGCUCUGCGAGUGAACGGCAGCUACACGGCGGGGGACACCAUUGUCAAGGCGCACCAGAAGUGGGAUCCAAACCAGUCGCUCUUCGACUCGUUCGAGCUCCUCUCGGUGGCCAAGGAGCUGGACAAGGCGCUCAAGGAGGCCUCCGCCGCGUCCAUCACCACCAACAGGAACCUCGUCUCGCUCAGCUGCUCCUCGCAGACUUCCAAGAGCGGCGGUAGCGGCGGUGGCGGAGGAAGGAAGUACAGGGAAGCUCUGGCGGCGAGGCUGAGCCGAUUCAUCCCGGCCCCGGUGCUCUGCCUCUCCGAGGACGACAUCGCCACCAAGCGGACUUUCAAGAAAUCCAAGUCGGCCAGCAGCAGCCUGAGCAGCACUAGCAGCAAUCUCGUCAGCAGCAGCAGCAUCAGCAGUGACAAGAGCGACAACAACAACGCGAUCAGCUCCAAGUUCUCGCAGCUCCUCACGUUUAAUCCGUCUCCGGUGGUGGAGGGUCGAGUGGACGAUGGCGAUGGUCAUCUUCUCAAGUUCCAGGACGAGGAGGGCGAUGGAGAUGAGCUCUACCAUCACAGGCACGAGCAUUUCCAUCACCACCUCCACCACCACCAUCACCACCUUGGCGGGAGGAGAGAGUGAUCGAUUCAUCCAUCCGGGGAUUCGUCUUUCAGAGCAGCAAUCACUCCUCGAGCCAUGCAUAGCAGGCUUUUGGAAGUUUGGAUGGAUUGACAGUAGUCACGGAUUUGUGUGAUAACGUUGUUCUCUUUGUCUAAACUUUGAGAGUGUUUGCUUC